ACUUUCCAUUAAGGCACAGCGAUAGCGAUAGAAAUAGCGAUAGCAUUAGCGAUAGCGAUAGCAACAGAGGAAUCCAAUAUACGGGAAUGAAGAGGUUUAUUUUCUGUGAUUGAACUAGUGUACACUUUUGGAACUUAAAGUGAGAUAGAUAUAUGUUUGAUAUUUGUCGAAAGCGAGAAAGAGAAUUCUAGAACAGUCUAGUGCAGGAACAGAAAACAGAUCACAUAUGUCAAUGCACAUAAGCUAUCACAGACAAUAAGAAUACAUCAAGCGUGAAGUUUGAAGGACUAGGUAGAAAAGGACGGACAAUGGAUACCGUAUAGUUUUCUCUUUCUGACGAAGAAAGAAAGGGGAGGGGGGAAGUGAGUUGUGAAAAAAAAGAAAAGUAGAGAAAUAGUUUGAGUAUGACAGAAAGAGUGACAUGUUCAAAGAACAGAGAGAGAAAGCUACGUGGCAUCUGUUCUCUGUCCUUUUUCACCUAAUCUUCAUACCAAAGUAAAAGACACGCUCGGUCUAUUAUUAUAUCUAUGAUCGCUAUCGCUGUUGCUUUCGCAUUGUGUUUAGGCCUUAAGAAUUUCAACCUAUCAGAAAUCAUAUAUUGUGGAAUACACAGUUUCUGAUAGAUUGAAAUUUUUAUCUCUGUUCUCUAUUCUUUUCAUUGUGCGCAGCCCCUUAUAGAAUGAUUUAUUUUUUAAUGAAAGCACGUGUAGUUUAGCUCAGUGGCUGGCCUGACUGUUAGAGGUGUGUUGCGUUCUGUUCUAUGCAUGAUAUUUUAUCACUUUAUUGUUAUGUCACGAAUAUUAAAGAAAGAUAAAAUGAUAUAUCUUGUACAUCAUGAGUGGAACUACCGACAAGAUAUUAUUAAAGAUGGCAGGUCUUUCUCGUGACUUAAAAUUUGAAUGACUAAUCGUGACUUGCAAGCUGUGACCAUAUUCACCACACUCACCACACUGACCACUGUUGCAAUCGAAGUAUAGCAAUAGUAUCGUAUAUCAUUGUCCGAAGAAAACGUGGUUUAAAUGAACGAUUCUCAGUGAGAAGAUUACACAGUCAUGAACUGCCCGGAACUCGUUUCUGAUUACCGUAACCCAACAAUCAAAUGGUAUCAGACAGAUCUCAGCGUCGUUAUUUCUAUUCAAUUGAUCGACGUAUCCGACUACUACCUCCGAAUUGAAAAUGGUUGUUUACAAUUCAGUACAGAGAUAAAUGAUAAGAAAUACUACCUCAUUCUAUAUCUGUUUGGAGCAGUGGUAGCAGAAAAGACAGUGCACAAAAAUCUCGUGAGAGAAAUUAAGAUCUAUCUUCUGAAGGCACUCAAAUGGUAUCCAUGGUUAAGAUUGAUCAAGUCCAAAGAAAAGAAUCCACUUAUAUCAUACGACUCAGAACGUAUAGAAGAGACAAAUCACGUUCGAAAUACUUAUGACAUAGGUAGAUUCGAACGGUACAAACGUGAGCAUAAUAUAUCAUAUUUAAUGCCUGUUGUGCCAUCUAGCGAUGAAGAAGAGUCUGAGGAUGAUUAUAUGGAUUUUGUUCACUACGGUUAAUAUAUUAUAUCAAUUCAAUUUCUUUAAUGUGAAUUUUUAACACUUAUUGUAUACACAAGAAAUUUUUGAUAAUUAUUACACAAGUAAUUUUGAUAAUGACUUUUUACAGUUUCCAUUGGAAUGUUUCCACUGUAAAUUUUUAAUUGUACCUUAUUGUAUAUGUUAGGCUCAAAGAAAACUCUCACAGAGCGAAAAAACCGACCACAACGCGUUAUGGCGUUUGAGAUUUAGCCACAAUGCGAAAUUCGUGCCGUGGCCCUUUCAAAAAUGCUCACAGCGCAUUCUAAGUUAAAAUGCCACAACGCGCUCUGAUCAUUUAUUAUGAAUAAAUGAGUAUGUAAACAUGAAUUAUAACAUGAUUAUUUACACAUUCAUUUUAUUGUGGCAUUUUAGCCAGAACGCGUAUUGGUCGAUUGUCAAAAGAACCAUAACACGAAUUUCGCUUUGUGGUCUUUUUUAAUGUCAGAACACGCAGAGCCUAAAAACUAUCCGCAAUUUAAUGAUUAAACUUCUUGAUAUUGAUUAUAAUGACUGAAAUAAUAAGGUAUAAUUUAAAAUAAGUAUAAUUGUUAUGUGAUGUUUUAUGUCUUGUUUAUGUCCGUAAUUUUAUUUCCAUAAUUAAAAUGGUACC